GGAGUAGGCCGGAAGGGCACGGAAAGGGCCACAUUGGGAAUGAAGGCCAUGGGAGGAGUAAGCAUGAGCCUGGCCAGGAUGUCGUUUUACAGUUGUUACUUAUUUUAAGCUUUCCUGAAAUGCAUAUAAUUUUAAGGAGUAUCCUUGAAGUUCUGGUGUUUAAGAAACAGUGUUCAUGUAAGUAAGAUUCCAAAAACACAUAUUCAAGUAUUUUUUCUAUCUUCUACCUAAAUUAUUAACACUCAGAUGGCUCUUGUCUAGUUGAUCAAUUUAUGUACUAAUAAUGUGUGUGUGUUUUGAGGCACAGCCGUAUUUUUUCUUAACAUUUGCACCUAUUUUUGGAAGCACCAGCGUUAGGAAUGAAUUUUCUGUGUGUAAUAAAGCGGUGUGUUCUGUCGGCGGCCCUUUUUUCCGCGGGGGAGUCGGAUGACUACCCAUUACAGUCAGCGUUGCUUUGCUGCGGGCUAGAAGUGGCUUCACACGAGUGCUGGUCACACUGAGGAGGAUGGACUAGCCCUGUCCGCCGAUUGGCUUUAGAACCAGUGCUUCUGAGUACUUUGGGCAAAAGGAGAUUUAGGAUUGCCCUGGUGAGUUUUUACUGGUUUGGGGAGGGUGACUUAAUGAUCAGUUUCAUUGAUUAAGAUAUUGGUAAAAUACUUCAAAGUGGAUCUCCACCUUUAACCCUUAGUUCUUUGCAUUGACUCUCUAGUAAUUCAUACAGCCUUCUGCGGUUUGGGGUUGUCGUUGCUUUUGGUCUGUUCUUUCUGAUAAAUAUUAAAAUAGUUUUGUUUCUGAGUUGUCAUUAAGUCCAGCCCAAGUAGUGUUCCAUUUCCAUUGUAAUAAUCCUUGUGGUGAUAUUUCUCAGGGAGAAGUUUAUACAAAGGUAAGUAUAUACCUUUAGGGAAGAAAGAAACUUGUUUUCCUGUCAGGAAAAAAUAACCUGUAAAGAAAGGAAAACAAACAGGUGAUACAUUGUAUCUUCUGCCUCUAGAUUACUGCCCUUGGCACAUGGUGGCUGCCUGAGCUUACCCCGGUGUACCCCAGUUACUGGCCUGCCUGCUCCAAACACAGGUUUCUUCCUGAAAAUAUGCUGCUAGCAAGUGGGCAGUACAUUUAGGACUUGGAAUUCCAUGGAGUGAUGAGAUUUUAUUUUCAAGACAAAGCUGCUGGAAACUUCGCGACGAAGUGCAUUCGGGUGUCUAGUACUGCUACCACCCAGGAUGUGAUCGAGACGCUGGCGGAGAAAUUCCGGCCGGACAUGCGGAUGCUGUCGUCCCCCAAGUACUCCCUCUAUGAAGUGCACGUCAGUGGAGAAGAAAGAAGAUUGGAUAUAGAUGAGAAGCCCCUUGUUGUUCAGUUGAAUUGGAAUAAAGAUGAUCGAGAGGGCAGAUUCGUCCUUAAGAACGAGAAUGAUGCCCUUCCUCCUAAGAAGGCUCAAAGCAACGGACCUGAAAAGCAGGAGAAAGAAGGUGUUAUUCAGAACUUCAAGAGAACGCUCUCAAAGAAAGAAAAGAAGGAGAAAAAGAAGAGAGAAAAAGAGGCCGUGAGGCAGGCAUCUGAUAAGGAAGACAGGCCUUUCCAAGGGGAUGACACGGAGAAUUCCCGGCUGGCAGCCGAGGUUUACAAAGACAUGCCCGAGACCAGCUUCACGCGAACGAUCUCGAAUCCGGAGGUGGUGAUGAAGCGCCGCCGGCAGCAGAAGCUGGAGAGGAGGAUGCAAGAGUUCCGGAGCUCGGACGGGCGGCCGGACUCAGGUGGGACAUUGAGAAUUUAUGCAGAUAGUUUAAAACCAAAUAUUCCAUACAAGACCAUCCUGCUGUCUACCACGGACCCUGCAGACUUCGCUGUGGCUGAAGCUUUAGAGAAAUACGGUCUGGAGAGAGAAAACCCAAAGGAUUACUGCAUUGCCCGGGUUAUGCUUCCUCCCGGAGCCCAGCACUCUGAUGAAAAAGGUGCUAAAGAAAUUAUCCUUGAUGAUGAUGAGUGUCCUUUACAAAUCUUCAGGGAAUGGCCAAGUGACAAAGGGGUUUUAGUCUUUCAGUUGAAGAGGAGGCCACCAGACUAUAUCCCAAAGAAAACUAAGAAGCACGUCGAGGGGAAGCUGGCGAAGGGCAAGGAGAAAGUGGAGGGGUCCGGCUACGGCUCCGCGCUUCCGCCCGAGAAGCUGCCCUAUUUGGUAGAGCUAAGCCCAGGGAGAAGGAAUCACUUUGCCUACUACAACUGUCACACUUACGAAGACGGCUCGGACUCCAGAGAUAAGCCCAAGCUUUACCGCCUUCAGCUCAGUGUCACUGAGGUUGGGACGGAAAAGUUCGACGAGGAUUCCAUCCAGCUCUUUGGAUCAGGAAUUCAGCCCCAUCACUGUGACCUCACAAACAUGGAUGGAGUGGUCACUGUCACGCCAAGAAGCAUGGAUGCCGAGACUUAUGUGGAAGGACAGCGCAUCUCAGAGACAACCAUGCUGCAAAGUGGGAUGAAAGUGCAGUUUGGGGCCUCACAUGUAUUCAAGUUUGUGGACCCCAGCCAGGACCACGCUCUGGCAAAGAGAUCUGCGGACGGGUGCCUGACGGCCAAGGCUCCCAGACAGAAGCCUGGAAUUGUUCAAGAGACAACUUUUGAUUUAGGAGGAGAUGUUCACAGUGGAACAGCGUUACCAACAAGCAAGAGCGCCACGAGGCUGGACGGCGACCGGGCGGUGCCUGCCUCCGGCUCGGCAGAGCGCGGGAUGGUGAAGCCGAUGAUCAGAGUGGAGCAGCAGGACUGCCGCAGGCAAGAGAGCAGAACUCAGGACGCUCCUGGGCCCGAGCUGGUACUGCCUGCGAGCAUCGAAUUCAGGGAGAGUUCUGAAGAUUCAUUUUUAUCUGCCAUCAUAAACUAUACUAAUAGCUCUACAGUCCAUUUUAAGUUGUCACCUACAUAUGUAUUAUAUAUGGCGUGUCGGUAUGUAUUGUCUGGCCAGUGCAGACCCGAUGCCAGCCCCGGCGAGCGCACGCACAGAGUGAUUGCCGUAGUGCACAAGAUGGUGAGCAUGAUGGAGGGGGUGAUCCAGGAAGUAGACCAGGUUGAUCAGAAGCAGAAGAACAUCGCAGGGGCACUUGCCUUCUGGAUGGCCAAUGCGUCUGAGCUGCUCAACUUCAUUAAACAGGACCGAGAUCUUAGUCGAAUCACACUGGACGCCCAAGACGUUUUAGCACACUUGGUUCAGAUGGCGUUUAAAUAUCUAGUUCAUUGUCUUCAAUCAGAACUGAAUAAUUACAUGCCAGCCUUUCUGGAUGACCCUGAAGAGAACAGCCUGCAAAGACCAAAAAUAGAUGACGUCUUGCACACGCUCACGGGAGCCAUGUCUCUGCUGCGGCGCUGCCGCGUCAACGCGGCGCUGACCAUCCAGCUGUUCUCACAGCUCUUCCACUUCAUCAACAUGUGGCUCUUCAACCGACUGGUCACCGACCCCGAGUCGGGGCUGUGCUCGCACUACUGGGGGGCGAUUAUCCGCCAGCAGCUGGGGCACGUGGAGGCCUGGGCGGAGAAGCAGGGCCUGGAGCUGGCGGCGGAUUGUCACCUCAGCCGCAUAGUGCAGGCGACCACUCUGCUCACCAUGGACAAGUACUCCGCGGAGGACAUCCCGACCGUGAACAGCACAUGCUUCAAGCUGAACUCCCUGCAGCUGCAGGCCUUGUUACAGAACUACCACUGCGCGCCCGACGAGCCUUUCGUCCCCGCGGACCUGAUCGAGAACGUGGUGGCUGUGGCCGAGAACACGGCGGAUGAGCUGGCGCGCAGUGACGGGAGGGAGGUGCAGCUGGAGGAGGACCCCGACCUGCAGCUGCCUUUCCUGCUACCGGAGGACGGCUACUCUUGCGACGUCGUCAGGAACAUUCCGAACGGCCUACAGGAGUUCUUAGACCCUCUGUGCCAGAGAGGAUUUUGCAGGUUAAUUCCUCAUGCACGCUCACCAGGCACCUGGACAAUCUACUUUGAAGGUGCAGAUUACGAGAGCCAUCUUCUGCGUGAGAGCACGGAGCUGGCUCAGCCUCUGAGGAAAGAACCUGAAAUCAUCACGGUGACUCUGAAAAAGCAAAACGGGAUGGGUCUCAGCAUCGUCGCAGCGAAGGGCGCUGGUCAGGACAAACUCGGGAUCUACGUCAAGUCUGUUGUAAAAGGCGGCGCUGCGGACGUGGAUGGACGCCUGGCUGCGGGCGACCAGCUCCUCAGUGUGGAUGGACGGAGUCUGGUAGGACUCUCUCAAGAAAGGGCGGCAGAACUCAUGACAAGAACAAGUUCUGUGGUGACGCUAGAAGUAGCAAAGCAGGGAGCAAUUUAUCACGGCCUGGCCACCUUGCUCAAUCAGCCGUCCCCAAUGAUGCAGAGAAUUUCAGACCGUCGUGGCUCAGGUAAACCCCGACCAAAGAGUGAAGGUUUCGAGCUCUAUAAUAAUUCAGCCCCAAACGGAUCUCCUGAGAGCCCUCAGCUGCCUUGGGCAGAAUACAGUGAACCUAAGAAACUGCCGGGUGACGACAGACUGAUGAAGAAUCGGGCCGAUCACCGAUCCAGCCCCAACGUGGCAAAUCAGCCUCCGAGCCCCGGAGGGAAGAGCGCGUACACCCCCGGAGCAACAGCCAAGAUCACAUCUGUCUCCACCGGGAACCUCUGCACCGAGGAGCAGAGCCCCCCACCGAGACCGGAGGCCUACCCCAUCCCCACGCAGACGUACAGCCGGGAGUACUUCACCUUCCCCGCCUCCAGAUCCCAGGACCGGGUGGCGGCGCCUCAGAACCAGUGGCCAAGUUACGAGGAGAAGCCGCGCACGCACACGGACAGCAGUCAUUCCAAUGUCGCGGUUCAGCGUGUUACCCGUUCCCAAGAGGAACUUCGGGAGGACAAAGCUUACCAGCUAGAGCGGCGUCGAAUCGAGGCGGCCUUGGACCGCAAGUCCGAUAGCGACAUGUGGAUCCAUCAGAGCCCCUCUGUGGGCUCCAGCACCUCCAGCCAGGAGCACCUGGACCACUCAUCCAAGUCAGGCACCCCCGCGUCCACUCUGACCAAAAGCGGCCCUGGGCGCUGGAAGACGCCAGCCACCGUGCAGCCCAUGCCGGCGGCCGUGUCGCAGCCUGUCCAAACAGACCUGCCCCCGCCGCCCCCGCCGCCUCCCACGCACUAUGCCGGGGACUUGGACGGAAUCCCCGUGGACUUGCCUCUCCCUCCGCCUCCCACCGGCCAGACGGGACCCGCAGCUGCUCAGGCGGCGGCUGCAGAGCGCAGGAAGCGAGAGGAGCACCAGCGCUGGUAUGAGAAGGAGAAGGCCCGGCUGGAAGAGGAGCGGGACAGGAAGCGCAGGGAGCAGGAGCGGAAGCUGGGCCAGAUGCGCUCCCAGUCCCUGAACCCAGCCCCGUUUUCUCCGGGGACCGUCCCCCACGUGAAGCCGGAAAAGCCCUCCACGCUCCAGAGGCCCCAGGAGACCGUCAUUCGGGAGCUACAACCCCAGCAGCAGCCCCGCACGAUCGAGCGCAGAGACCUGCAGUACGUCACGGUCAGCAAGGAAGAGCUGUCGUCGGGAGACAGCCUGUCCCCGGACCCGUGGAAGCGGGAUGCCAGGGAGAAGCUGGAGAAGCAGCAGCAGAUGCACAUCGUGGACAUGCUGAGCCGCGAGAUCCAGGAGCUGCAGAGCAGGCCCGAGCGCAGCGCGGAGGAGAGCGACCGCCUGCGGAAGCUCAUGCUGGAGUGGCAGUUCCAGAAGAGGCUGCAGGAGUCCAAACAGAAGGACGAGGAGGACGAGGACGAGGAGGACGACGACGUGGACACCAUGCUGAUCAUGCAGCGCCUCGAGGCUGAGCGGAGAGCCAGGCAGCAGACUGCUCUGCCAGCAAUCUCUGUUCUAGAUUUGUUGCAGGACGAGGAGCGGAGGCGCCAGCAGCAGCUGGAGGAGAUGCGCAAGCGGGAAGCCGAGGACCGCGCCAGGCAGGAGGACGAGCGGCGCCGCCAGGAGGAGGAGAGAACAAAGCGAGAUGCUGAAGAAAAGAGGCGACAGGAAGAAGGGUACUACAGCCGUCUGGAAGCCGAGAGGCGCAGACAGCACGCCGAGGCCGAGCGCAGGUUGCUGGAGCCCGAGGAGCCGGGUCUGUGCAGACCUCCGCUCCCGCGGGGCUAUGAGCUCCCGUCGCCGUCCCCUCCGGCCGCCGCCCCUCCUCCCCCGCCUCAGCGGACCGCCUCCUCCCUCCAGGCCCCGGCCCUGUCCCCAGACUCCCUGUACACCGCCAGGCUCGUUUCGUACCACGAGGAGGAGGAGGAGGAGGAGCCCUGCAGUCUGGCAGGACCCAACUCUUACAUGGGAUCGGCUGGGACAGCUGUUGGGGCCCACGAUGCUUACCGGGAUCCGAGAGAGAGACCGUCUAAAAGCCACGAAGCCGACUUGCCUGGAAGCUCGGGAGCCCCUGAAAACUUGACAUUCAAAGAGCGCCAGCGUCUUUUUUCACAAGGUCAAGAUGUGUCCAACAAAGUAAAAGCCUCUCGUAAAUUGACAGAAUUGGAAAACGAACUGAACACAAAAUGAGCCAAGGAUGAGGUGCCCAGGCCACCCCAGGGUCCUGGGGGCACGGCUCCAGAGGACGGGCUCGGCGAGGAGGCCGCACCGGCGUGCCCGAGUCACCGAAGCACCAUUUUGGAGUCGGCUGGGCCCCAGAGACGGUCCUGCUCCGAGAAGUUCUUUUCUUUCACCAAGAGAUGAUCAUUUAUACGAUGUAAACACUGUCUCAUUUCUUAAUUACCUGACUCACAGGAAGAUAAGUUUUUUGUUUUUUGUUUUUUUUUUAAGUCUGAGUGGGAGAGGGGAGAAUGCAGGGCAGGAGAGCACAGUGGGGACAUGUCUUCCCCCCCAGCCCUGCGUGUUGCAGACAGGCCAUGUGCGUGCAUGCUGCGGCCGCAGGGCGGGGACCAGUUUGAACUGCCCAGACCUUGUUUGCACUAUGGGGGAGUAGCUGCAGACCGUGUGUGCAGAGGGCGACCUGUCCCCUUCCAGGAGAGAGAGCCUCUGGGGGACGGCCCCCCUCACCCGCCCCCCGUGGGUGGUCCCCAAGCAGCUCAGACCCACAUAGCCCAAAAGGGAGGUGGUGCCUGUCAGGCCCCUGCCCCGGCCUCCUUCCCUGUGGGGACAGCCCUCCUGGGAUAUUCUACAUACAUGAUUUUUUAAAAAUGCUCCAAGAAGACAAUUUUGAGGAUUUAAGCUUAGGAUAUUUUAUUUUUAUAAAUGCCAGAGUAUUGUUAGACUAAUACAUCAUUGGUGAUCUUGAAGAUGGCAGUUAAGUUAGUUCUCAGAGGAUUUCGACUCUUCAGGGGACCCUGAAACGAGCACGUGUAGCUGGGCCGUAUGGGUGCGGGGAGAAGCGGAAGCAUCGGAGAGGGGUGGGUGGUUAGGGACGCCUGAGCAUGGGCUGCAGAGGAGGGCCGAGUGGCGGCCGCGGGCUGUGCGGAUGGAAGGCUCGUUGACAUGUGUCUGUGACUGAAAAUGUCGGACAGACUCAUGCGGCAGUUCAAGCCUUUUUUUUUUUUUUUUUUUUUUUAAACAU